UAGUCGGGAAUUGACUCUCACUGUUGUUGUUGUUGUUGAUGAUUAUGACACUGACCUCUCACUGUGUGGAAACCAGGUUGCUACGACGGCGUUUCGUUUGCUCUCUGAUUUCUCCAUGUCUAUCAACCUCCGCUCCUCCGCUUGUUCGUCUCCGAUCUCAGCUACUUCCCAAAGGAUAUUGGAAGCAGUAGACCAGACCAGAGCUAACAAUGUCAGCUUUGAGCAAGCAAAGGAAAAGAUUAGGAAGAUGUUGGUUAACGUGGAGCUCUCUGUUUCAGCCUAUGAUACUAGUUGGGUAGCAAUGGUUCCAUCACCGAGUUCCCAUUAUGCUCCACUUUUCCCACAGUGUGUGAACUGGUUAUUGGAAAAUCAACAUGAGGAUGGAUCCUGGGGACUUCAUAAUCAUGACCACCAAUCUCUUAAGAAGGAUGUGUUAUCAUCUACGCUGGCAAGUAUCCUUGCGUUAAAGAAGUGGGGAACUGGUGAAAGACAAAUUAACAAGGGUCUCCAGUUCAUUGAGCUCAACUCUGCAUCAGUCUCUGAUGAUACCAUACAGAAACCAGCAGGAUUUGAUCUUAUAUUCCCUGGGAUGAUUGAAUAUGCUAGAGACUUGAACCUGGUGAUUCCAUUGGGCUCAGAGAUGGUGGAUGCCAUGAUACUGAAAAGAGAUUUGGAUCUUAGAAGUGAAAGUUUUUCAAAGGGAAGAGAAGCAUAUCUGGCCUAUGUUUUAGAGGGAACAGGAAAACUAGAAGAUUGGAAUUCGAUCGUUAAAUACCAAAGGAAAAAUGGGUCGCUGUUUGAUUCUCCAGCCACAACAGCAGCUGCAUUUACUCAAUUUGGAAAUGAUGGUUGUCUCCGUUAUCUCUGUUCUCUCCUUCAGAAAUUCGAGGCUGCAGUUCCCACAGUUUAUCCAUCUGAUCAAUAUGCACGCCUUAGAAUAAUUGACGCUCUUGAAAGCUUAGGAAUUGAUAGGUAUUUCAAAAACGAAAUCAAAAGCCUAUUGGAUGAAACCUAUAGAUACUGGCUGCGUGGAGAUGAAGAAAUAUGUUUGGACUUGAUCACUUGUGCUUUGACUUUCCGAUUAUUGCUUGCUCAUGGCUAUGAUGUUUCUUACGAUCCGCUAAAACCAUUUGCAGAGGAAUCUGGUUUCUCUGAUACAUUGGAAGGAUAUCUUAAGAAUACGUUUUCUGUGUUAGAAUUGUUUAAGGCUUCCCAAAGUUAUCCACAUGAAUCAGCUUUGAAGAAGCAGUGUUCUUGGUCUAAACAAUAUCUGGAGAUGGAAUUGUCCAACCGGCUUAAGACCUCUGUUCGAGAUAAAUACCUCAAGAAAGAGGUUGAGGAUGCUCUUGGUUUUCCCUCGUAUGCAAGCCUAGAAAGAUUAGAUCACAGGAGAAAACUGCUCAAUGGUUGUGUUGUCGGAAACACCCGAGUUUCUAAAACCUCAUAUUGUUUGCACAAUGCUUGCAGCUCUGAUAUCCUGAAGUUAGCUGUAGAUGACUUCAAUUUGUGCCAGUCCAUACACCAGGAAGAAAUGGAAUUUCUUGAUAGGUGGAUUGUGGAGAAUAGAUUGCAGGAACUGAAAUUUGCCAGACAGAAGCUGGCUUACUGUUAUUUUUCUGGGGCUGCAACCUUAUUUUCUCCAGAACUAUCUGAUGCCCGUAUAUCUUGGGCCAAAGGUGGAGUACUUACAACGGUUAUAGAUGACUUUUUUGAUGUUGGAGGGUCCAAAGAAGAACUGGAAAACCUCAUACACUUGGUCGAAAAGUGGGAUUUGAAUGGUGUUCCUGAGUACCACUCGGAACAUGUUGAGAUCAUAUUUUCAGUUCUAAGGGAUACAAUUCUUGAAACGGGAGACAAAGCAUUCACCUAUCAAGGUCGCACUGUGACACACCACAUUGUGAAAAUUUGGUUGGAUUUGCUCAAGUCUAUGUUGAGAGAAGCCAAGUGGUCUAGUGACAAGUCAUCACCAAGCGUGGAGGAUUACAUGAAAAAUGCGUACAUAUCAUUUGCAUUAGGACCAAUUAUCCUCCCAGCUACUUAUCUGAUCGGACCAUUACUAUCAGAGGAGACAGUUAAUAGCCACCAAUACUAUCAUCUCUACAAGCUCGUGAGCACCAUGGGUCGUCUUCUGAAUGACAUACAAGGUUUUAAGAGAGAAUACAAGGAGGGGAAGCUGAAUGCGGUUUCAUUGCACAUGAAACAUGAGAGAGACAAUCGCAGCAAAGAUGAGAUCAUUGAAUCUAUGAAAGGUUUAGCAGAGAGAAAGAGGAAAGAAUUGCAUAAGCUAGUUUUGGAGGAGAAAGGAAGUGUGGUUCCAAGGGAAUGCAAAGGAGCGUUCUUGAAGAUGAGCAAAGUAUUGAACUUAUUUUACAGGAAGGACGAUGGAUUCACAUCACAUAAUCUGAUGAGUGUUGUUAAAUCUGUGAUCUACGAGCCAGUUACCUUGCAGGAAGAAUCUUUAACAUGAUCUAAGUUGAUCUGACAGGUCAAAAAUAAGACUUUGGUCUUCUAUUUUUUGCUACAGAACAAGAAGAAAUACUAAGGCUGUCUAUGAUCGUUAAUAUAUAGUGAGUUGUUCUUUUUUGGGCAAACUACA